AUGGAUUCUCCCAACCAUGCCGUCUUGCCCUCUCUUGACGUUUUCUGGGACCAAAGCCCUGGCCCCGACGAGCACGUUGAAGAUUUCAUCCCCGACCGUGAGGCCCCAAUCCCGAUCCACCAACUGCUUGAAACCGUGGAGGUGACGAGGCGUGGACCGGUUUCGCCAUACCUGACACCAAAUUCGAUGGUCAGCUACGGCAGCGGAUCGCGUCCAACCUCUUCGCUGAGCAACCAUUCCGACAUGUGGAGGGAAAGGGCUCCAAAGCCUUUGGCUUCGGUUAGCGCCAACAUGUUUCGGGGAAACCGUCGGCAGCGCAAUUUUUGUGAAAAGAUGGAUCCGCAGAUGCGCCAUCCAGAGUGGUUGAACCCGGCAAGUUUCGACUUGACAGAAGUACUUCAUGAUGGGUUGCUGGAGAUGUUCGCCAAGGACAAGAUAGGAUGCAAGAUGCUCCAAGAUAACUUCCCUUCUCCUGGCCCACUGAAGCGUGCGCUUUACCUCUACAUCCGCAACACACCGGGAUUGUUCUUGUCGAUUUCCCGCGACGUGUUCGCCAACUUUUUUGCGCAACAGAUGAUCAAGAACGCUGAUGAGCUCGAGAUGCAGCUGUGGAUCAUUGGCGCGCUCGCCGGUCACAUUCGUGAAUUGUGCGUCAAUCGCUAUGCCUGCCGCGUGGUACAAGUUGCCUUCGAGGUAAUGCCAUUGGAGCCUCGAUGCGCAAUGUUGGAAGAGCUUUCUCGCUCGAACUGUCUUCACAUGGCCAUGGAUUUGAACGCGAAUCAUGUCGUGCAGAAGAUCAUGGAGGUGUUUGACCUCGAUCGCUGGGCAUUUAUCAUCGAGCAACUGGUCAACGAUUGCAGCCUUUUCUUCAAGUGCAUCGAAAGCAAAUAUGGGUGCCGCGUAGUACAACUCGCCGUCGACAAGUUGGCACAGUUCGCCGAAGAUGCUGUCUUGCGGGGGCGUGCGGCCAGCAGCAGCAGUCGGGCUGCUCAUGAGCUGCUCGAACGCGUGCUGGUCAUCAUCCAUGCCAACUGUGAGCGUCUCACUUCCAACGAGUUCGCCAACUACAUCGUCCAGCAUGUCAUCUCUGUGCCAUUCCUCGAAUACCAUAGGAACAAAGUCAUCGAAGAAUGCCUUCUGCAGAACAUCCUGUCGUUCUCUCAAGAGAAAUAUGCUUCGCAUGUGAUCGAGAAGUGCCUUCAACACGCUUCACCGCCGUACUUGUUCCUGAUGGCUGAAGAGAUCUUCGAUGGCUACCAACCGCAUCCAGAGACGAACGAAGAAUGCCUCGAGAUACUGCUCUUCCAUCAGUACGGAAACUACGUCAUCCAGCGUCUGCUUUAUAUCUGCAUCGACUGGUUGUCCAUCGUGGAGGGAAUAAAAGAAGGAAAGUUGCUGUACCCGGAGCGCAUGACGGCAUGGGCUUAUCGAUUGGAGGAGCUGAUCGACAAGAACAUGACGACACUGAGCAAGUACUCUUCGGGCAAGAAAAUUGCCGCCAUCCUGCAAGAUUAUCGCCAAAAGCAUCCGCGUCGCCAA